AUGAUAAAAAUCAAUCACGACAAUGAAUUGGUGCGUGAAAUGUUAAAUGCAGACGGAAUGUUCGACAUAGAGAAGCAUAUGUAUACGACAAUAGUACCUGCAUUUAAAAAGCUCUAUGCCAAUGCGGGUGUGCAGAUUACAUUUGGUCCCAAUUUUUAUGAAUUGCCCACCAAUGAGGCAUAUAUUCUCUUGGAGAAUUUAACACCCAAAGGAUUUAAAAAUAUCAAUCGUCUGGAAGGUCUUAAUAUGGAGCAUAUGCAACAAGUACUACGCAAAAUGGCAAUGUGGCAUGCCGCCUCGGCUGUAUAUGCUGAGCAAAAUGGUGGAUAUGAUGAUAAAUAUCGUUAUGGAUUUUUCCGUAAAGAAUCGAAAACAAGUAUCAAGUCAAUGCAUAAUAAUAUGAUUUCACUGAUUAUGACUAGCAUUAAAAAGUACUCAAAUCAUGAAAUAUAUUAUAAGGAAAUGGAAUCCAUUCAAACAGAAAUGCACGAUGCUUUAUAUCGAACCAUUGAAAUCGAUCCCAACGAAUUUAAUGUUCUAAAUCAUGGUGAUUGUUGGUCCAAUAAUAUUAUGUUUCAAUACGAUGAAUUGGGUAAUAUCAAAGAUACCUUCUUGGUCGAUUAUCAAAUACCCAAAUAUGGUACACCGGCACAGGAUCUAUACUAUUUUAUUAUAUCAUCAGCCAAUUAUGAUUUGAAGUUGAGUCAUUUUGAUUAUUUCAUACGUUUCUAUCAUGAACAUCUUUAUGAAAAUUUGAAAUUGCUGAAAUAUGGAAAGAAAUUACCAACACUAAAGGAUAUUCAUGGUUCGCUAUUUAGGCAUGGCAUUUGGGGUUUAUUUUCUUCAAUGGGAAUUAUGGCCGCUGUACUGUUGGAUCCCACCAAAGAUGCCAAUAUGGAAAAUUUCUGGGGUGAUAAUGAUGAAGCUAUGGCCUUUAAGAUGGCCAUGUAUUCUAAUGAUCGUUAUCGUAAACACAUGGAAGCCAUAUUGCCAUGGCUUAAAUAUCGUGGAGCAUUUGAUCUUAGUUAAAU